UUAUCGUGAUGAAGUCGUUUGUAGGUGCGACACUCCCUUCUAGUGUUAAGAGCUUCAGAAACGAGGGCUAAUCCCUGCUAGUCCCUGCACACCUGGAGGAAAGACGCUGCUGCUUUAGCAUGUGCUGGUGGGCAUGGGGGACCCCUGAGAAAGGCUGGCUGGAGGAGGCUGGCUGAUUAUCAUCCACUGUAGUCACUGGGAGUCUGAGUCAGCAGUGCUGUGGCUGGUGGAGGGAUGGAUUAACCGCAGGAGUGUCUAAGUGUGUGUUCAGGGCUGGAAUCAUCAUAAUAACAAAGCCAGGCUGGGAGGAACCGUGUCGUUAUCUGUCCACAUGUCCAUCGAUCCCUGCUUUGUGGAUUGAUGGUGACGUUUUCUUGGUGAGGGAGCGAACCCACACCGUGCAUUCAGCAAGCGGUUCUCCUUGAGGGCUCAGAGGAUAAAGGAGAGAAAGAAGGAGUGAUGAGGGGCUGGAGGGAUGGGUAAAAGAGGGGGGGAAGGCGGUCCAAACCGGUGUGCCCGGAUACACGGUAUAACGGCUCGCCCGCACUGCAGAUUAACCCUUGAGGCGCCGGGGGAUGCUUACGAUUUGGGUUAGUGUGGAAAGAAGAUCCUGGUGAUAACUUAAUUAUUGUUCUUAGAAAUUAGACUGCUUUCCAUUAAAUUAUCAUACAGAACCAAGAAACAGGACAAGCAUCAGAACCAGCAGUGGAAGUUUCAGGCCAACCAAAAUGGCCCUGCUGUGACUGUGUCUCUCUUCUUCUUUCAACACUCCGUGUCCUGUAUACACCAUCAUUGAACACGCUUUGACAGACAGGAGCCCUCAGCCAAAGCAUUGGCUGGUGGAAGUGAGGGGGGGCGGAGAGAGCCUGGUCAUUGGGUCAGGAGCAUUGACAGUGGAGGAAUAGUGGUGGGUGGGCUCCAGGUGCCGGAUGCAGAACCUCUUCGAGCAGAACUUGGACAUGGCCACGGCUCUGCUUGCAGGGGAGAAGCUGAAGGAGCUGAUCCUGCCCGGCUCCUCUCAGGAUGAGAAGGGUGGUGCCCUCGCUGGUCUUAUGGUACAGCUCAAACUGGAGCUGCCCUUUGACCGUGUCGUCACCAUCGGAACCGUCAUUAUCCCCAUCCUGUUGGUCACUCUGGUCUUCACCCGCAACUUUGCAGAGGAGUCGAUAUACUGCUACACCCCACACAACUUCACUCGUGACCAGGCCCUCUAUGCCAGAGGCUACUGCUGGACAGAACUACGGGAUGCUGUACCUGGCGUUGAGCCUCAACAAAGGCCAUCGUUGUUUGAGCACAAGUUUUUGCCCUAUGCCUUGCUGGCGUUUGCAGGGAUCAUGUACAUCCCAGCACUGGGCUGGGAGUUCCUCGCCUCCACUCGUCUUACCUCUGAACUCAACUUCCUCCUCCAGGAGAUUGACAACUGCUACCACCGAGCUGCCGAAGGCCGAGCCCCAAAGAUCGAGAAGCAGAUCCAGUCAAAAGGUCCAGGGAUUAGUGAACGUGAGAGGCGAGAGAUCAUUGAGAAUGCUGAGAAGGAGAAGAGUCCUGAACAGAACCUCUUUGAGAAGUAUCUAGAGCGUCGAGGCCAAAGUAACUUUUUAGCCAAGAUAUAUUUAGCAAGACAUUUGGCCAUCAUCUGCCUCAGUUCCAUUCCCAUCACUUACUUGAGCACAUACUACGCCUGGCAGCGGCAGAACGAGUUCACCUGCGCGCUGGGCGAGCCACCAGACAUUAGCAGCAUCCCUGAACUGCGGUUAAGUGUGAACUGCAAGCUGCCAGCUGUGCAGCUCCAGCGCAUCAUGGCCGCAGUGGACAUUGCGCUGCUCUGCACCAUGAACCUUAUCAUUUUACUGAACCUACUACAUCUGUUUGUGGUGCGCAAAUCCAAUUUUGUCUUCGACAAGCUGCACAAAGUUGGCAUUAAGACACGGCGGCGUUGGCAAAAGUCACAGUUUUGCGACAUUAACAUCCUGGCCAUGUUCUGUAAUGAAAACAGAGACCACAUCAAGUCUCUCAACAGGCUAGACUUCAUCACUAACGAGAGUGACCUGAUGUAUGACAAUGUAGUGAGACAGUUGCUGGCAGCUUUAGCACAGUCCAACCAUGAUGCCACACCGACUGUUCGAGACUCUGGGAACCAGACAGUUGACCCAGGCUUAGACCCAUCUGUACUGGGGGUGGGAGAACUAGGAGUAGAGGCUGUUAUCAAAAGACCCCGGAAGAAGAUGAAGUGGAUCCCCACGUCUAACCCUUUGCCACAACCCUUUAAAGAACCCCUUACUUUGACUCGGCUGGAAAACAGCAUGAAGGCUGAAAAACCCAAACCCCUGCGGCGGAAGACUGUAGCUGAUGGUUUUAUUGCCCCUCUACUCGACACCAAGAGCACACAAUACCCUCCCAGAGCUCCAGAAACAAACAGUGUAAUAGAGAAGAAGCACACUCGUAAUUUCUCCCUGGAUGUCCAUCCGUACAUGACGAACAUUCAGAAACCUAAAUCAGAAAUGACCAAUCCAGAGCCACCGGCUGCUGAAAACACUCUGGACACUGUGUUCAUCGAGGGCACGCACUCCGUAGUUCACGUCUCCUCCACGCUCACUGAAAAGAAAGACCCACCACCCCUGUCCACCACCACUGCCUUUUCUAAGAUGACCCUCCCCACCACCUCCUACAUGAAUGGAGGGACAGCUACUUUACCCGACCCUGAUUCCCCUAAGACCAAGGAACCUCUGAAACAGUGUGCAGAGCCGGAGAGUCAGCCUGUACCCUACAGCCACAACCCCUCACACCCGCUACUCAGCAUCCACCACACACUGUUCGAGGAGGAGGAAGAGGAGCAAGGCCACAGAGACAAGCUGGUGGAAAGGCCUGCUGAGCUCAUUGCUGCAGGAGAGUGCUGAAGGCUCACACAAAAACAGACGAGUAUAUAUCCACACCUCAGAGUUUGCACAUAUUUCACUUCUUUCAUCUCUUAACCUUAGCACCAAGUCCUUAGGAGGGUAAACUGUGUGUCAGCACUACACUUACCACCUCAUCUGAUAGAAUCACCUUUCCUCAUGGUGCAGCACACUACACCUCAUCACCUACUGUGCUUUAGGUGGAACCAGUGAGGUCAGUCCACCAGAGAGCUUGUGGUGUACAAAGGACAGCUCUGUGAGAAAAAAAGAUUUGGAAUGCACAUACAGGUAACUUCAAAAUGUUCUUCUGAGGAUUAACUAACACUGAUUAAUUUUAGUGAAACAU